CACUAACUACAGAUUCUUGUAUUCUAGCUAUUCGCAACUUCACCAUGGUCCGUGGACAGCCAAGGGAGCUGUGAAGUGACAAUGCUAUGAAUUUUCAAGGCGCUAAUACCGAACUCCAACAGGUAAUGGAGACGCUUGACGCAGGGAAGAUAGCAGAAAAAUUCACUGGGCCCAGAAUGAAAUGGAAGUUCCUACCGCCUGCUUCGCCACAUAUGGGUGGCACAUGGGAGCGAUUGGCAGCACUUAUGGAAGUGCAGAUGAUAGUGCACUCACGGCCACUAACAUACAUACCAGUGGAUGACGAAAACGAGGAGGCGCUUACGCCUAACCACUUCCUGCUAGGAAGUUCCAAUGGGCAGAAGCCAGAAGUACAAACGCAACCUGAAGGUAUACUCAUGAAGAACAACUGACUUACAGUGCAGCAAAUGGCAGAUGAAUUUUGGCGAAGAUGGCUGCGCGAGUAUCUACCUGACCUGACUAGACGAAGCAAAUGGUACGAGAAGGUCAAGCCAAUAGAGGUGGAUGAUAUUGUGUAUAUUUGCGAUCCCGACAGCCCAAGGGCUCACUGGCCGAAAGGAAAAGUAAUUGCAGUGAAGCGCAGCGCAGACGGGCAAGUACGAAGUGCCACAAUAAAAACGGCUAACGGCAUUUAUGUGAGGCCAGCUGCAAAGCUCGCAGU